CCCUUCACACCAGGGACCCCUCCUUCUCUGGAGUGGCCUCACAGGGCGGCCCCUCCGUGAGCCCCUUUGCUCCUUGCCUCGCUGCGAUCGCGGUUUCAGCCACUACCAUUACAGCGCUGUUCGGGGUUAAUCACUCCCCGCAAAGCCAAACCCUGAGGAGCGCGGAGCCGCCGCACACCCCGCACUCGCACCUCCCGCCACAUUCCCCUUCCUUCCCCCUCCUCCCUACACCUGCAGGCCCGCGGCUGCCGGGGCGGGGAGAGCGGCGUCAGGCCCCUGCCUCCCUUCCCUUCCCUUCCCCCGCACCGCCCAGCACCCCCGGCCCGGGGGAGGAGGCAUCCGGGCCGGUGUUGUCUGACGGGGAGGCGGAUGGCGGCGGAGCUGGGCGGCGGGGUGCUGCCCUUCCUGCGGCUGCUGGGGCAGCUCAAGAGAGUACCGCGGACGGGAUGGGUGUACAGGAACGUGGCGAACCCAGAGAGCGUAUCCGACCAUAUGUACAGGAUGGCGAUGAUGGCUUUGGUGACCAAAGACAAAAGCCUUGACAAGGACAGAUGCAUACGAUUAGCUUUGGUUCACGAUAUGGCUGAAUGCAUUGUUGGAGAUAUUGCUCCUGCAGAUAAUAUCUCAAAAGAAGAAAAACACAGGAGGGAAAAGGCAGCUAUGCAGCAACUGACCCAGCUUCUAUCAGAGGACCUCAAAAAAGAAAUCUACGAACUCUGGGAAGAAUAUGAAAACCAGUGUUCUGCAGAAGCCAAGUUUGUAAAACAGUUGGAUCAGUGUGAGAUGAUACUGCAAGCAUUUGAGUAUGAAGAGUUGGAAAACACACCUGGCAGACUGCAAGAUUUUUAUGAUUCAACUGCUGGAAAGUUUGUUCACCCAGAAAUACUCCAGCUUGUAUCUCUGAUUAACACAGAAAGGAAUAAAAAAAUAGCUGCUACAUCUGAUCCACAUUCCUGAGGUGUUCAUAAAUGCUGUAGCUAUAAUAAAUCCUUUGUUUUACAGUCUCUGCAUUA